AUGAUUUUAUCCGAGAGGGAGUAUUUAAAUGUGAAAGGAAAAUAGUAUUAAGGAGUUCAUUCAAAGCGCAUCUGCUCUCCCAAUGAGAGUCUGAUUAGUGUUAAUCCCAAUCCCUCACUCCCUCAACUGAAAUUGCAGGCAAAACAUCUUUUGGCUUAAUCGAUCCAUAAAGAUAUAUCUGGAGUUCCUCCUUUCAGUCAAAUGCACUUGAAACCCUUGAUUUGCAAAAAUAAAUCUUGUAUCUACCUAGUUAGAAAUUUGGAAGAUAAGAUAGCCAAAUACAUAAUGAAAAUUAAGGAAAUUGCAAAAGAGAAUAAUAUACUGAGAAAGAAAUUACAAAUGGAUAGAUUGGUUGUUGAUGGUCUAAUACCAUCUACACACAGAUCUCAACAAUCUUCUGAUUUUAAAUAGCUAACUGAAGAGGUGUAAUAUCCAAGAUCUAAUUUCAUGAGUCUACAUGAUGUUCACUCAAUAACCAAGUUUUCUAAUGAAGUUUGUCUUGCUAAUCUUAGUCAAAAAUGGACAUCUGAUAUUGUUAGUAAUCUCAAUGUGUUAUUCCAAUAACCCUUUUUGGAUAUCAAUUGGAGUAAACCAACAACAUUGAGUAUGCCUUAAUCAAAUUAGUGUUUGAAAAGUUGUUAGAAUAAUUUUCAGACUGAUCUUAUAGAAUUAAAUUGUAAACAUACUUAUCACAAAAAUUGUUUGUGUGAAGAAAUCAUAAAUUGUUCUAAAUUAAAAGGUUGUUUUUGUUAAUGCAACUAACAAUUAUGCUAAUAUGAUAUCAAUCAAUUAAAUGGAGUAUAAAGGGCAAUUAUUAAAGAAAUCAAAUUAAAUUCUUAGUUAUCUUAAUUAAUAAAGAAAUAUGAUACUUUCUAUAAGUGCCAAUAGACUACUUGCCAAUUUAUAAUCAUCAAUUCAGAUUUCGAAAAUUUACUUAGUGUUCAAUCUUUUUGUCAAUCAUGCUUGACCAUGAGAUUAUUUUACAAAAAAGAAUUGACAGAAAAAUGA